CCCGGUUCUCCUGCUUGCCUCUUCUGUGGCCGCCCGGCCUUUAUUUCCCUCCCUUUCUUCUCCAUCUGCCCCCUUGGUCCUUUCCCAGGGACUUCUUCUCCUUCUAGCCCUGAUAACAGCCAUAAGGAAGCACACAUCAUUUAGGGAGCCUUCCACAUAGUCAAGGGAGGCCCUUGUGAGGCAUGUGGGUCGCCAGGCAGUCCCAACUGCAACUCCCAUCAUCCCUGGCUGGAAAGUGAUAGGAUUUGUAGGCUGGGCCCCAUCCUUUGUGUAGGCCAACUUGGGCUCUCCCUCCAGGUAUUUUGCACUCCAACUCCCGCCAUUCCUAACAGCCUCAGGGCCCUUCCUUUUCCCCCUCAGCCACUUAAGCCCAAGUUGACCCAUGCCUGGUGUAGAUGCACCACAACUAUUCCUUGAUCUCACAUUGAUAGGCCUUUUCACUUUGCUCACUCUCAACAUACUUGGUAUUUUAUGCAAGGAGUGUGCAGAGAAGGGAAUAGAUGCCUAUUUUCACACGACUUAUCAACAAGCAAACCAUCAACUAUCUGCAAAUUCUACCAAAAAGGACAAUGUGCCUAUGGAACUCGGUGCAGAUAUGAUCAUGUUAGACCUCCUGCGUCUUCUGCAUCAGGUGUUGUGGGUGGAACCAGACCGCUUUAUGCUUCUGCACCACCAUUUCACAGUCUUAACACUCUUCCAGACCAAAAUACGCCGGUAACAAAAAAUAAAGUACAUGAGUCUGGAAAACGGGAAAAGAAAACCUUAGUACUCAGGGACAGAGAUUUAUGCGGAUCCAAUGAAGAAAGGACGAGAUCCAGCUCUCUGAGCGAUUCUGCAAGUUGCAGUCUUCCAGUGCUUCCUCCCGAAACAAAGCCCCAUUCGUACUUGGAUGCAAUCCGCAGUGGGCUUGAAGAAGAGGAUGCUGAACCAGGGAGUUCGUACAUGGAUGGUGAACAGUUGUGUCCCUAUGCAGCAGCUGGCAUGUGCCAGUUUGGUGACCGAUGCAUCUACCUCCAUGGGCAAAUGUGUGAAAUCUGCGGGUUACAAGUUCUUCACCCCUUUGACCCAGAACAGAGGAAAACACAUGAGAAGAUGUGCAUGGCAACCUUUGAACAUGAGAUGGAGAAGGCCUUUGCCUUUCAGGCAAGUCAGGACAAGGUGUGCAGCAUCUGCAUGGAAGUGGUGUAUGACAAGCCAUCUGCAUCAGAACGAAGAUUUGGAAUCCUUUCCAACUGCAACCACACCUACUGUUUGUCCUGCAUCCGACAGUGGCGGGGAGUCAAGCAGUUUGAGAACCCCAUCAUAAAAUCCUGUCCAGAAUGUCGUGUGAUUUCAGAGUUUGUAAUUCCCAGUGUGUAUUGGGUUGAAGACCAGACCAAGAAGAAUGAGCUCAUUGAAGCAUUUAAGCAGGGGGUGGGGAGAAAGGCCUGCAAGUAUUUUGAGCAGGGCAAGGGGACUUGUCCCUUUGGGGGGAAGUGUCUAUACUUGCACGCCUAUCCAGAUGGAAGACGGGCCGAACCAGAGAAACCGCGUAAGCAGCUCAGCUCUGAAGGGACUGUCCGGUUCCUCAAUUCUGUUCGCCUCUGGGAUUUUAUUGAAGACCGAGAAAACAGGACGGUACCAGUUGCCACUGAUGACGUAACUGAGAUUGGAGGGCUUUUUAUGCGUCUUUCUGGAGCAGAUGCUGAAUCUGCGGCUCCUCCCUAGAAUACCACUAGCUCUCUCAUGUUCUUUUCUGUAGAAUGCCUUCUGUUUCUUAACUAACUUUGUACUGUUUCCCAUAAUAAUUAGAAUUACUGUGCCAUGGAGACUGAGGUCCUGGUGAGAUUCUAGUACAAAUCUGUCACUGUAGAGAGAAAAACAUUGAAGCAUAAUUAAAGGAGUACUUGGUAGAUGCAA